AUGUCCGGCAUACUCGAUCGCCCCAACAGCUCCGUUGACUCGGACACACACUCCAUGGCCUCCAACAUGAGCAGCUACGCCGACAUUGCGGCAAAAGGCCCAGAACAGACUGAUGAGGAGAAGACUCCACACGCCAUGCCUGAAGUCGAGUUCGAUGAUAGCCCAGCGAUUCACGAUCCUAUGCACGAGCACUCGCCUGCGCCGCCACCUUCAUACGCCGAUCAGCAGCUACAAGUUGGGAAAUCCGAGAAGGCCAGGCGUGCCUCCGAGAACAAGGGCAACGAGAUCAGCAAAGAAGCACGGGAAUUCAUGGAGGCCUCGACCGCAUCCGCAGCUAAGCUCAGCGGGUCUGGUAACAGCGGCAGUGAUGUAAAGAAAGACGUCCAGCAGACUGCCAACCAGGCCGAGAAGGAUGUGAAGCAGACCGCCGACAAGGCUGAGAAGGAAGUCAAGCAGACCGCAGAAAAGGCCGAGAAGAAUGCCAAGCAGACUGCUGAUAAGGCGGAGAAGAACGUCAAGCAGGCCGCUGACCAGGCUGGGAAGAAAUAUGAGGAGAUCAAGGAUAAGGCCGUCAACGAGUACAAGGAGGUCAAGGACAAGGCUGUUGACCAGUACGAGAACAAUGUCAAGCCAGCCGUGAAGGAGGGCGUGGAGAAGGGCAAGAAGGAGGGCAAGAAGGCCGAGCAGUGGGCAGAAAAGAACAAGGACAACCCCGUUGUGCAGGGCAAUGUUKUUGCUCUUGCAAUUCUGAGCGGAGUCUUGGGCAUUGGUGCGUAUCGCCUACACAGCAGAGGUGCACUGUCCUGGAACGUCGUUGGCGCAACGUUGGGCGCGUUGGGCGCAUUCGCUGCCGGUGACUACUACGUCAGCCAAUUCUUCUUCAAGAAAUACCCACCAAAGAACUAG